AUGCCUUCUUUCAAGAAAGUCUUCAAACGCCUCCAGGCCAAGCUGAGACCUUCCAAGCCUACCGUCGAGACGCCCAAGCCCAUGGCCAUCUCUUACAUCUCCAAGGACACACCCUCUCAGAUGGGGUCUACUAGAGACGACCCGAUUAUUAUUAUAGAGGAAGUGGUCCUCGCCCCCUCCCGCAGUUCCACCGCCGUCCCCAGUCCCACACCCUCUCCUAUGCCCGAGGACUCCCCCGCUCCCUUCAUCGUCGAGCUCGCCGCGCAGGGCCUUACUUUCUCUGGCGCGAAACGCGUGCCGGAGCGCCCCGCCAUCCCACUUGCGUUCAAGCCCAGGCGCUGGUCGCCGAAGCAUUAUGAGCGCAAGCCUGAGGUCAAGGCGCUCCCCGAACCCGAGAUUGAGACCAAGACGAUCCGCUCGAUGAAACUCGUGCCCGAGAGGAAGGCGAGCAACAUCCCACUCGAGGGCUCGAAGGAGGUCGCGAGCGCGAAUACCGAUGCGCUCGUGGAGUCAGCCACCAUGGAGAAGAAGGAGCAGUUCGAGAACUUGAACCUAUCGUGCGAUGAUAAGAAUCCUGCCCGCCAGGUCAUUAUGCUCAUCUCGCAUGUCGUGAAGAUGCAGGCGGAGGCGCGCGCGAGUCGGGGGAAGGUUAAGGAGCAGGCCGCAACGGUCGAGGCACAGGCGAAGGAGAUCGAGGCACAGGCGAAGGAGAUCGAAGGGCUCCGGUUGCAGUUCAGGGCCGCCGGCGCGGUGUGCGCGAGGAAGAGCGAGGAGAUUGAGGGGAUGGAGAGGGAGAUUCGCGAGUUGAAGGCGAGGCUGGAGGUUGUGGCGUAG